AUGAGCUCGCAGCAGUUCCCCCGUUCGGGCGCGCCUCCCGCCGCCCUGGGACCAGCGCCGCCGCCCAUCCCCACCAGCGGCUCCGCCGGGAUUAUCACCCCCGCCGCCACAGUGAGUGACGAAUCUAGUCGUGAGUCAGAAGUUGCUCCCAGAGAGCACAUGGGCCCCAGUGGCUCCAUCCAGCCUCGGGAGGAGAAGCAGGAGCCCGUGGUGGUUCGGCCAUACCCACAGGUCCAGAUGCUGACCCAGCACCACCCUGUCCAGUCUGGUGCCCCAGUGACAGUGACAGCACCACCAGCACAUUUGACUCCAGCCGUGCCACUUUCUUUUUCAGAUGGGCUUAUGAAGCCUCCCUUGAAGCCCACCAUGCCCAGCCGGCCCAUUGCUCCUGCUCCACCCUCCACUCUCUCAGCUCCCACCAAGGUCCCUGGGCAAGUGACAGUGACCAUGGAAAGCAGCAUACCACAGGCACCAACAAUCCCUGUGGCAACUAUCAGUGGGCAACAGGGGCAUCCCAGUAACUUGCAUCACAUCAUGGCCACCAACGUGCAGAUGUCCAUCAUCAGGAGCAGUGCUCCUGGGCCUCCACUGCACAUUGGAGCUUCCCAUCUGCCCCGAGGUGCAGCAGCUGCUGCAGUGAUGUCCAGUUCUAAAGUAACUACAGUGCUGAGACCAGCCUCCCAGUUGCCAAAUGCAGCUGCAGCCCAGCCAGCAGUUCAGCACAUCAUUCACCAGCCAAUCCAGUCUCGUCCUCCUGUGACAACUUCAAGCACUAUUCCUCCUGCAGUGGUGGCAACUGUCUCAGCCACAAGAGCUCAGUCCCCUGUUAUAACCACAACAGCAGCACAUGCCACAGAGUCAACCCUGAGCCGCCCCACGCUGUCCAUCCAGCACCCCCCUUCUGCAGCCAUCAGCAUCCAGCGGCCAGCACAGCCCCGGGACACGGCCACGAGGAUCACACUGCCCUCACACCCAGCCAUAGGCACUCAGAAACCACAGCUCCACACCAUGGCCCAGAAAACAAUUUUCAGUACUGGUACUCCAGUGGCAGCAGCAACUGUGGCACCUAUUUUGGCAACGAAUACCAUUGCUUCAGCAACCACAGCUGGUUCUGUUUCUCACACCCAAGCGCCUACAAGCACCAUUGUUACCAUGACAAUGCCCUCACAUUCUUCCCAUGCUACAGCUGUCACCACCUCAAACAUCCCAGUUGCUAAAGUGGUUCCCCAGCAAAUCACACACACUUCUCCCCGGAUCCAGUCUGAUUACACAGCAGAGAGGAGCAACCUCAUACCUCUGUCCAGCCACCGGGCAUCUCCAAAUCCAGUAGCAAUGGAAACCAGAAAUGACAACAGGCAGUCGGUGCCUGUCCAGUUCCAGUAUUUCUUACCUACCUACCCCCCCUCUGCCUACCCUCUGACUGCCCACACCUACACCCCCAUCACCAGCUCUGUGUCCACCAUCCGCCAGUACCCAGUUUCAGCCCAGGCGCCCAACUCGGCCAUCACAGCUCAGACCGGUGUGGGAGUGGCCUCCACUGUGCACCUCAACCCCAUGCAGCUGAUGACAGUGGAUGCAUCUCACGCCCGCCACAUCCAGGGCAUCCAGCCGGCCCCCAUCAGUGCCCAGGGCAUCCAGCCAGCCCCCAUCAGUGCCCAGGGCAUCCAGCCAGCACCCAUUGGGACCCAAGGGCUGCACCCUGCUGCACCCAUGGGCGCGCAGGGGCUGCAGCCAGCACCCAUCGGUGCCCAGCAGCCGCCGGGCGACACCAAGACCUCAGCAGUAGUCUUGGCAGAUGGAGCCACCAUUGUAGCCAAUCCUAUCAGCAACACCUUCAACACUGCUUCUGCAGCAACUACAGUUGUGCAAACCCACAACCAGAGUGCCAGUGCCAGUGCUCCAGCCCAGGGCUCCUCCCCACGCCCGAGCAUCCUCCGCAAGAAACCAGCCACGGAUGGGCUGGCAGUCCGGAAAAGCUUAAUUCCCCCUCAGCCACCUGAAGUGGCCAGCACACGUGUGGAGAGCACGAUGCGAAGCACGUCUGGAUCACCAAGGCCUGCUGGUGGCAAGCCAAAGCCUGAAAUCCACGUGUCCAUGGCCACUCCAGUCCCUGUGUCUAUGGAGGCAGUGUGUAACCAAGGUGGAGAGCAGCCCAGCAUCACAGUUCCCCCGACCUCCCAGCAGCCCCCCUCUGCCAUCCCGACCAUCAUCGCGGCCGCCAGCCCCACCUCUCAGCCUGCAGCAGCGCUCUCCACCAUCCCAGGAGCUGUUGCAGCUGCCCCACCAACUUCCACCACCAUCGUGGCAGCACCUGCUCCUCCAUCCACCAUGAGUGGGGCCCUGUCAGCAGUGCUGGGCCCUGUGGUACCAGAGAUCAAAAUCAAAGAGGAAAUGGAGCCCAUGGAUAUCAUGCGACCGGUGUCUGUCCCUCCUUUGACUACAAGUACUGUGUCUCCAUCUUUGGCACUGCUGGCCAACAAUCUUUCCAUGCCUCCAAGUGAUUUGCCACCUGGUGCCUCACCGAGGAAGAAACCCCGUAAGCAGCAGCACGUCAUCUCCACAGAGGAAGGGGACAUGAUGGAAACAAACAGCACUGACGAUGAGAAAUCCACUGCCAAAAGUCUGCUGGUGAAGGCAGAGAAGCGAAAGUCUCCUCCAAAGGAGUAUAUAGAUGAGGAAGGUGUGAGAUACGUCCCCGUGCGUCCCCGGCCGCCGAUCACGCUGCUCCGUCACUACCGCAACCCCUGGAAAGCGGCGUACCAUCACUUCCAGAGAUACAGCGACGUGCGUGUCAAAGGUCAGUCCCUGCAGGCACCUCCCAGCAAGGCAGGGAGCCUGCACACAGUCACCUCUGGUUUUGUACACGACAAAAUGGUGUGCUUAUCGAUGGACCUGCUGGUGUGCAGUGAUAGACACUCGCUCACUAAAGGUGUCCUCAUAAAAGUGACGUGCUGCGGCGAUAGGCUGCAGCUGAGUUUUCUCAGUUGCCACCUAGCACUUGCCAGUUUAAUCACAAACAUUCUGUAUUUAUCUUGUUAAGUAACAAAUGGUCUUUUAAAGGAGACAUUUUUACCUAAUACAAGGAAAACAGUGAUCAGAUACUGUCCUCUAUUGACGAUGAGAGAGAAAUGGGGACACUGAAUGGUGAUCAGAAUCCAAUUUUUACUGAGCACUACAUGUGCUUAUAUACCAUUUACAAGAAGGCUGGUAAUAUUUUACUACAAUCAUCUAGUUAACCAUCACAUAGACAAACUUUACAUUUCAACUUAGUAAAAUCUUAUUUCCCAUAACCCAGACUUGAUUCAAUCUUCUUGCAGUCAGAGCUCUCUUUGCUCUUGCCAGGGCAUCCUCAUUAUCAGGCUGCAUAUGGUGAUUAAAUAUGCAGUGCCAUCAGUCUCAUUUGCAUUACCCAUAUCCAGAGUCUUCUAGACUUUUUAGCUAGUAUUUUAGAAUUUUUAAGCAGACUGGGUUUUCACAACUGUGCCAAUAGAUCUAGGAGAGAGUAAAAAUAGUACAGGAUGGACCAUUCACUUGUUUGUGCCAGGUGUUUGAAACACUGAGCACUACAUUCUUUCAAUGUAGAAAAAAAUGGGAUCUGAUAUAAUCUUUCUGAAAGUAGAGAUAACCUCUUAGUCAGUGAGAGCAGCAGUCAGGUACAUGGCAGAUGGGAAGUCACUUUCCUGUCUAAAUCAAAAUGUUGCUCAUUGUCAUUUAUUAGGAUGUAGAGGGAACAGAACUUGUGUUAUUGUUGUUUGAGAAGAGAGGCCUGGCCAACUCCUGAAAUUUAAGUACUGUAUUCUUGUGUUUCCUGGUGACAGAAGAGAAGAAGGCCAUGCUGCAAGAGAUUGCCAAUCAGAAGGGGGUGUCCUGUCGUGCACAAGGGUGGAAGGUCCAUCUGUGUGCAGCACAGCUA